UUACGCCACUUCGAGCCAAUCAAACCAGAGAAUCCAGCGUCUCGCCUCCUCUGGAAAGAGAGGUUCAGUUCUGCUCGGAAAAGUUAGCUUCAAAUCCUUCAUUUGCAAAGUGACCCUUCGUUUUUAUUUUUCAAGCAAAGAUGUCCGAGAAAUUGCUGUUCAUCGACACCGAUUGAGGCAUCGACGACGCCCAGGCCAUCUUGGUGGCUUUGGCAGCGCCGCACGUCCGCGUCCUGGCAGCCACCUGUGUGUUCGGGAACGCGUCUAUAGACGAUGUGUGCCAGAAUAUGUUGAGGUUCUUCAGCCUUGUGCGGUUUUGCCCUGGGGAGAUCCCGGUGUUCCGAGGAUCUGCCGGGCCCCUGCUCGGGACCGCCGGCACCGACACACCCUGCGACCACUUAGGCACGGACGGCGUUGGGGAUAUUUUCAAGGACAAGGACCCCCAGUGGGAGGUGAAAAUCCAGAGGGAACACGCGGUAAGCGCCAUGGUGCGUCUGGUGGAGAACCCCGCGCAGGUAAGUAUUAUGUAAGUAUAUAAGGCCGCCAAGCUGGACCCAAGCUUCCCCGGAAAGCUUAAAGAACUUUACAUCAUGGGCGGCAACAUGGAAGGUAAAUGCAAUACUCAAGGGAACGUUUAAAAACGUCUUUGGGAGUGAAUGAGUUACAACUUUGCCAUGGAUCCCGAGGCCGCUUACGUGGUUUUGGAGGAGUUUUUAUGCCCAACCUACUUGGUGACGUGGGAAUACGCCUGCAGAAACGCAGUCGUGGGACGAGCCAUGGCAGCGUCCCGCUUUAUGAAGACCGCCACGUCCCAUUGCUGGGCCUACUCCGAGGAGGCUAUAAGAAAGAAGCGCGGCCUUCACUUCGGGGCUGGCUUUGUCUCCUUUGACUGGUAUGCGGUAGCGGCCUACGUGGAUGCCGGCGUGGUGGCCGAGAGUGUGCGCUGUCCUGUGCGCGUGGAGCUGCAGGGUGCCAUGUGCCGCGGUAUGAUGGUGUUGGACCACGUGGGCAGGCUCAAGAAGCAGCACAGCGUGACGGUGUUCACCAAAUGCAACAAGGACAGGUUGGCGAGGCUGCUGCUAGAGUCACUAAGGCAGCCCCCUGGGAGCCCUGUUGCUGGAAAAUAAAUUCUCAGAUUAAUUUCAUCCAAUCAUCAAUCAACACUACAUUAGAAGAAAAUGUAAGUAUCAUACUUAAUAAAAAUAUAUUACAAUUAGACGGUAAAAAAUCGCUUCAGUUUUUUAUUCAAGCAGGGUUUUUUUGGCGAUACCUAAUUUCUGCCUUUUGCAUAAAUUGACAUUAUGCGACUGCGCACACCGUGACCACUUGGGGGCAGUAUAAGACAUUGAAAAAGCGUGUAGCGAAGUCUCGUGGCCACUAUUUUGUAAAUUCUUGUGAAUAACACCGUUAACAACCUUAUUUCUUAAUUUUAAACUCUCUUAACACGUUUAAAUGCUUUAAAAGUACUUCUACAGUAUGUAAAUGCAUAGACACAUUUUGUAUUAAAUGUCUUAUAAAUCUAUUACAACCCCUCAACACUGCCUGGGUGGUGGUAAAUGUCUAAAGGAUUCAAACGUUUUCCAUUUCUGAAGCACCUUUUAUCGUGCCCCACUUUGAUUUGGCAUCUUUUGGUUUUGCAAAAAAAAAAAAAAAAAAAACAUUAUUUGUGAUUUUACAGUAAAUGUGCAACUUGACAUCUAUGCCCA